UUAUUUAUUUGAGUCCAUAAAAUGCACUUAGAAGCCAACAAAGGUUGUAGGUCUCUUCACCAGCAGGUCUCCCAUCAAAAGCCAAGAUUUCUUUUCACAGUCAGGGUCAAACCAUUAUGCCAUUCUUUUCGCUGUUUACACAUGGUAAAUUUGCUCUUUAAACACACAGACAGACUGAAUUCCACAAAAUUACAUCCAUUUUCAUUGCAUUAAGGUCAAAUUUGAUGAUUUCUUUCAUUCCUUGGUACAGGUAAUUCUAAAAUGGGGCUGCACUUUUUCUUUGGAAUAAGAUGAUAACAAUAUAGCGCCUUUCACAACACACAUCGUUUCAAAGCAGCUUUACAGAAGAUCAUGCAUUAACAGAAAAUGAAACUGUAAUAUCUGUAAUGUCUUAGAGUCAUCAUUGUGUAAUUUGAUAAAAUACAAUUGUGAAUUGAGUUUAAAAAUAAGUAAUUCAAUAAUAAUUGUAUUUAUAACCCCAGUGAACAAGCCGAAGGCGACUGUGGCAAGGAACACAAAACUCCAUAAGAUGUUGGUUAAUGGAGAAAAAUAACCUUGGGAGAAACCAGGCUCACUGUGGGGGCCAGUUCCCCUCUGGCUAACAUGAUGAAUAUAAUGCCAAUAUUACUUAUGUAUAGUGCAAUUCAUGGUAUAAAAUUAUUAAGGGACAGUGUUUAAACAAAGGUUUUGUAUGAACUGUAAGAUUAAUGACUAAUGUCUCUGAAGUCCAUUCUGGAUUAACUGCAGAAGUUCACAUAGAUGCAAUUGUCCUUGUUAGUUGGCUGAUGAAGGAUUUUGUUGGCAAUUAAUUGACAGUCUAUGUAUUCCAUUUCAAGAGUGUAGUCCAUCAUUAGACCGAGGUGAUGCGGGCAGAGAUCAGUUAGGUGUAUUGCAGUUCAACCUGGUUGGUAAUUUCGGUGAGGUCUAUCCUAAAUCCAAGUUUCAAGCAAUACUUUAGGGAUACUUCAGGCAUAUGAAGUAUCCCAUGCCUUGUGGUUGGAGUUGGCAUCAGUUCAUUUUAAUAGACUGAAGUGAUGUUUGGCUGACACCGGCUGCUAUUAGUUAUCAUCACUCAGCGACACGUAGCAGUGGAGUCCAACAUGAAGCAGGAAUGGAGCUGGAUCCAACCGGUUCUGGUGACCUCAGGAUAGGAGUCCCGAGGUUGAGACAGGGAAACAAAUAAAAUAAUUUUAGCAUAGAUGCCAUUCGAUUUAUUGCAGAUUUAUAGAUCACGAUCAAUGUUUCUGGUUCCGGCAGACCUAACUAAAGCAGCCUAAUUGUGAGUUGAAGGAUAAAUUAGGUGGAUGCCUGGCUAAAUAGAUAAGUCUUUAGUCUAGACUUAAACUGAGUGAGUGUGUCUGCAUCUCGAACAGUGUUAGGGAGACUUUUCCAUAGUUUAGGAGCCAAAUAUGAAAAGGAUCUACCUCCUUUUGUGGAUUUUGAUAUUCUAGGAACUAUUAACAGGCCAGAAUUUUGCGAUUGUAAUGAACGUGAUGGAAUAUAGCGUGGUAGAAGGUCACUGAAGUACUGCGGAGCUAGUCCAUUCAAAGCUCUGUACGUAGUUAACAGAAUUUUUAAAUUAAUAUGAAAUAUAACAGGUAGCCAAUGUAACGACGAUAAAAUGGGGCAAAUAUGAUCAUAAUUCUUGGUUCUAGUCAGCACUCUGGCUGCGGCAUUUUGAACCAACUGAAGUUUAUUUAUUGGUCUUGCUGGACAUCCUCCCAGUAAUGCAUCACAAUAAUCUAGUCUUGAGGUCAUGAACGCAUUAAUUAGUUUUUCGGCAUCAGCAACAGAGAGCAUGUGUCAUAAUUUAGCAAUAUUUCUUAGGUGGAAGAAUGCUGUUCUACAAACAUUGGUAAUUUGAUUUUCAAAGGACAGAUUGGUAUCAAAUAUAACACCUAAGUUCUUCACUGUUGAAGACUAUGUAACAGUACAUCCAUCGAAAGUCAAAUUAUAUUUUAGCGGCUUAUUUUUAGAGGUUUUUGGUCCAAUAAUUAGUACCUCUGUUUUGUCGGAAUUGAGUAGAAGGACAUUUAUGGCUAUCCAAUCUUUUAUUUCAUUGAUACACUCUGCUAAUUUGGGGAAUUGUGAAAUCUCAUCAGGUUUUGAAAAAAUAUAAAGUUGGGUAUCGUCGGCAUAACAGUGGAAACUUAUUCCAAGAUUCCUGAUAAUAUCUCCCAGGGGAAGCAUAUACAAGAGGAAAGCAGUGGCCCUAAAACUGAUCCCUGUGGCACUCCAUACUUUUGUUUGGUUUGACAACUCCUCAUUUACAUAGACAAAGUGGUAGCGGUCUGCUAAAUAGGACCUAAACCAUGCUAAUGCAACUCCACAAAUGCCAACAUAAUUCUUUAGCCUAUUUCAGAGAAUGUCGUGAUCUAUUGUGCCGAAUGCAGCACUAAGAUCUAAAAGCACUAGAAGUGAAAUACAGCCGCGAUCAGAUGAUAAGAGCAAGUAAUUUGUUAUUCUGAUAAGUGCAGUCUUUGUACUGUGAGGCCUAAAUCCUGACUGAAAUUGUUCAUAUAUAUACUAUUUCUCUGUAGAAAUGGAACAUAUUUGGGAGGAUACUACCUUUUCUAGCAUUUUCGACAUAAAUGGAAGAUUUGAAAUCGGUCUAUAAUUAGCCAGAUCUCCAGGAUCAAGUUGUGGCUUCUUAAUAAGCGGUUUGAUAACUGCCAUUUUAAAGUUUCUUGGGACAUGUCCUAAGGAUAGCGAGGAGUUAAUAAUAUUAAGAAGAGGUUCUGAGAUUACAGGGAAUACUUCUUUUAAGAACUUGGUUGGUAUUGGAUCUAACAUAGAUGUUGUGACUUUUGAUGUUUCGAUAACUCGAAAACUUCGAUAGGCUCUUCAUGACCUAUGACAGCGAAGGAUUGAAGUUGCACGUGAGGGAAAUUAUGAGACACUGUUUUCUGAGGUACUGUGGCAGAUGAUUGCAUAAUUCCAAUUUUAUUUCUGAUUAUUUCAAUUUUAUCAGUAAAGAAAUUCAUGAAGUCAUUACUCUUGUGCUGCGAUGGAAUAUCUGGUUCUGUUGAGGCUUUAUUCCUAACCAAUUUAGCCACAGUACUGAAUAAACACCUAGGAUUGUUGUGGUUAUUUUCUAUGAGUUUGCUAAAAUAUGCUGACCUGGCAGCUUUUAGUGCCUGUCUGUAGCUACAGACACUAUCCUUCCAUGCACCGUGAAAUACCUUUAAUUUUGUAUUCUUCCACUUGCGCUCCCGAGCUGCUCUCUUGAGAGCGUGAGUGUGAUCAUUGUACCAUGCUGCAGGGUUUUUUCUAGAAUUUUCUUUAAUCGAAGGGGGGCGACACUAUCAAGAGUGCUAGAGAUGACUGUAUUUAUAUUUUCUGUUAUUUCAUCAAGUUCUUCUAGGCUUUGGGAUUUACUGAGUGUAUGAGAUAGAUCUGGAAGAUUAUUAGUGAAGCUAUCUUUAGUGGUCGAAAGAAUAGUUCUACCUGAAUGAUAGCGUGGUGUAGAUUGAGUAACAUUAGCUGAUCGCAGCAUACAAGAGACGAGGUAAUGACCCGAGAUGUCAUAGCUCUGCGGCAGAAUUUCUAUAGUAUCAACAUGAACUCCACAUGACAGAAUUAAAUCUAGCGUAUGAUUAUGGUGAUGAGUUGGUCCUGUUACAUUUUGUCUGACUCCAAGAGAGUUGAGAAUAUCGAUAAAUGCUAAUCCCAAUGUGUCAUUUUCAUUAUCUAUGUGAAUGUUGAAGUCAAUUAAAGCUCUAUCUACAGUAAAUACAAGAUCUGAUAAAAAAAGUUGCAAAUUCACCAAGGAAAUCAGAAUAAGGCCUGGGUGAUCUAUAUACUGUAGCAAGGGUAAAAGACAACAGAGUUUUUUUAUUUAUAUCUGACAGUGUCACAUUAAGCAUUAUUAGUUCAAAAGACUUAAAUUUAUAUCCUGUCCUUUGAGUAACACCAAAAACUUCACUGUAAAUUGUAGCAACACCUCCUGCUCAACCCUUCAGACGAAGCUCAUGUUUAUAGCAAUAACCUGGGGGAGUAGAUUCAUUUAAACUAAUAGUUUCUUCCAGUUUCAGUCAAAGAGAGCACAUCCAAACUAUGAUCUGUAAUUUAAUUUACAAUUAGUGCUUUGGUAGAAAGAGAUCUAAUGUUUAGUAGCCCUACCUUUUAUAUGUAAAUUUUGUUUUGUUCAAGUUUAACCAUAAUAAAAAAGUUUCUGAGAAAAAUGUAGUGAGAGUUUUGUUUUUGGUAGUUCGGGGAACAGACCCAAUCUCUAUAUGAUAUCUAGGUGAUACAGUCACUAUAUGUUGUAGUUUAUGUGAACUGUGUGACGUCUCAAGGCAGCUAGCAGACGUUCGGAUUAACCAGUUUGUCUGCUUCCUGACCUGGGCCCCAGUUAGUCAAAUACUAUCAUCAUUAAGACUAUGAGCCAAAUUACUAGAGAGGAGAGCGGCACCUUCCCUGGAGGGAUGGAGUCUAUCUCUCUUUAGCAGGUCAGGUCUACCCCAAAAACUCUUGCAAUUGUCUAUAAAUCCUAUUCUAUUCUCCAGACACCACUUAGACAUCCAUCCAUUCAGUGACACUAAUCUACUCUAAACCUUGUCACCACGACGAGCAGGGAGGGGGCCAGAGCAUAUUACAGUUUCUGACAUCGUUUUUGCAAAUUCACACACCUCUUUAACAUUAUCUCUAGUGAUUUCCGACUGGUGAAGCUGGACAUCAUUAGUGCCGACAUGAAUAACAAUUUUAGAAAAUUUAUGUUUAGCAUUAGCCAGCACUUGUAAAUAUGACAGAUGCGCUGGCACCCACAAUGCAUUUAACAAUAGUGGCUUGAGUCUCUAUUUCCAUGUUCCUUACAUUAGAAUCACCAGUAACAAGGGCUCUUUCAACAUGAUUCUCAGUGGGUGCAUCACUGAGUGGGGAGAAUCGAUUGGAAACCCUAACAGGAAUGGGAGAGUGGUGUCGCUUUGCUGAGCAAGAGGUACAGGAGAAUUGUGUUCGCUGGCGAAAGAAGUUCUCCUUUGUGUGCAAGAUGAGUGCCAGUCCUGCAACUGGGGUCCUGGACCCCUGCAUAUGCAGAGUGUCUGUGCGUAAGGAGCUUAAAGGUGGAAAGACAUUUUCAAAGCUGGGCUUUGCUGACCUCAACUUGGCGGAGUUUGCUGGUUCAGGCUCCACUGUUCGCUGCUGUAUACUGGAGGGCUACAACACCAAGAACACUCGGCAGGACAACUCCAUACUCAAGGUUACCAUUGGUAUGACUCUUCUCUCUGGAGAUCCCUGCUUUAAAACGCCUGUGAGCACAGCUAAGACAAUUGCCAUAGCUGGACAGGACCCCUCUCUGCAGCUGGACCGCAAGGGAGAGGGCACUGCCGAUCACUCUGUGCCAACUCUUGGUAGCAACUCUCGCCGAUCGGUCAAAAACAGACCCUCUGUGAACAACUCUGGAGGCCUUCAGGAGGGGUUGGAGGAGAACCUGUCUAGUCCAGAAGAGUUGUUCCACACAGGACACUCACGGAACUCCAGCUUUGCCAGCCAGCAGAGCAAAAUCUCAGGCUACAGCACGGAGUACUCGCGCUCAUCCAGCCCGACGGAUCUCUCCCAGUACCGGUGCAAUCCCUCCAGCAGCAGCAGCAGCAGCAGCACAUCAGGAGGGACGGCUACAGCUAUUGAGAGCCCUGUAGUGUCUGAUAAAGAGCUUGUAAAACCAGAGAGGCCCCCACGUCCCCCUCGCCCUGCUCUGCCCCCGAACAGACUCUCAAGGAGAAAGCAGGACUCUGUGGAGAGCCAGCCCUCCUGGGUGGAUGACACACGGAUUGAUGCAGAUGAUAUUGUGGAGAAGAUUGUCCAGAGUCAGAACUUUGCUGAUUUCAGCAACAAUGAAGACAGCAAUUUAACACUGUUCAUCAGUAGGGAUGGUACCACAGCUCUAAGUGGCAUUCAGCUGGUAAACAGGGUGUCUGCCGGUGUGUUUGAACCAGUGGUGAUUGAGAGCCAUUAGCUCUCUGGAAGCACAGCGCUAACUCUUCUAUCUCACAUACAGCCACUUCCACACUUUUUUAUUUUAAAAUGAUGGCGAGAGUAAGACAGGAACUGUAUGUCAGAAUGGGCAUCUGACUUCACAUCUUGCUUCUCUUUCAGUUUAGAUUUUCCUUUCUUAUUUCAACUGAUUUUAAAUCAGUGUACUCACAUAUUGCAACAUUAACACCCUAAUCAUGCAUUACAUUUGCAGAAAACAGUGGUGGGUGCUUACUUUUAUACCAUACAAUCACUCUAUUUAAGAAUUCAUCUUCAUAAAUGUUUUACAGCUGAUUAUAAGAAUAUAAACUACUUGAAAUGCCUUAAGGAAAUGAGGCGUGAUGGGAGCUUCAGUCUAACACUGUGAAAUAUAAUUUGAGGGCAGUCCCAAGGGUUUAGACUAAAAAUACAAUGUUGUAUUAAAGCUAGCCUUUCAGAUAUUAUUUAAUUGUUUUAAUGUGGAAUGUUUCUUUGCCUUUUAUUUCUUUACAGUGUAUUUCACACCUGUAUUAUACACUCAGUUAAGGUUACAAACCACUAAAAUCUAUUUGUCCUCGCACACUUUGUAAUACUGAUGCAGUUUAGUCCACUCUAGUUAGUAAUCAGUACAUUUGCCUGUGUUAAACAUUGAAAAAUAUGCCUGAAGUCAUGUAUGGCUGGCCAUACAAACUUAUCAGGCUAGGAAAUUCUUUUGGCCAUUCCCCCAAUAGUGACUUGUUUUGAGUGUCCUAACUUGUUGUGUGUGUGUGUGUGUGUGUGUGUACAUAUUUAUACUAAGGAUAGUAAAACCUGUGAUCACCUACCUUGUGGGGCCCAGCCAGCGGUCCCUACGAGGGAAAUGGCUUAUUAAACAUACUAAAUGAAAUUGAAAAUGUAAAAAUGCAGAUAGGUUUCUGUGAGGGUUAGGUUUAGGGGUAGGGUUAGGGGAUAGAAAUUCUCAUUAGAUUUGUAUAAAAUCCUUAAAAUGCAUGGAAGUCUAUGGUGAGUCCCCACAAUGAUAUAAAAACAAGUGUGUGUGUGUGUGUGUGUGUGUGUUUGGGUGUUUGAAGUGGGCAAUAGUUCGCUUGCAUGUUCCAGCUGGACUGGUGAACAAGACAUAAAUAUACAGCUGACAUUCUUUUUCUUUCAUUUUCUCUCUAAUAUUAUACAAUUCCCAAUUAGUUUCUCUCUGUGUCUGUCUCUUUUUCUUUGUCAGUAUUUUUGUCUCUGUGUGUCACUGUUUAAAUUACUAUGCGCUGGUUUCAGCUGUGAAUGUUCAUGUGACUUUGAGUUUCAGCUAUAAUAGCACUGCAUUGUCACUGUUAGCAUACAGCUUGAUGCAGCUGAAUGUUUAACAGUAAAGUCAAGUUAUAUAUAGUAUUCUCUUGAUAGGGUCUUUUCAGUAUCACAAUCAUAUGUUAGUUACAACCCAGAAAUACACUAAGUGCAUUGUGUGGCUUAUAGCUAAGUGGCACUGAGACAAAUGUUCAGAAGUAAGAGCAAAAGACUAUAUUUUAUCUAGCAGUCAUACUGUGUACAUGUUACAGGGCAUAGCUGUGAAAAUGAAUAGUUUAUAGGGUUAGAUCAGACACUGUGGCUCAUAGUCACAUGACUGUCCUUGGCAACUGCCUCUGUAUUUUUGGCCAGCACCUAGUGUGCACUAGGAAACAGUAGGGUUUUCCAUUCUGUGUUUCUGUCUCAUGUCCGUCGUAUUGCUUGUUUGUUAUCUAGUUCGCUAGCCAUGAUCUUAAUCAUAGAAAGGAAUCUUUCUCAGUUGAUCUGAGAGCAUUCAGCAGAUUAAAAAACUGACGUUGUGAGUUCUGUAAACAUUUUGCACACAUUUUGUUUUGUCGGUUGAGAGAAAAGUGCAAUGUAGGCCUGUUCUUUUGCAAAAGCCCAUUUUAUUGAAUACUUUCAGGGAAAUUAGCCCUAAACGUAUCAGUCUGUCCAGUGACUUCAAAUUGCAUGCAUAAACUGAAUCACUGCUCACUAUAAUACUAAAGAGGUUACAUUUGGAAGUGCUGUUAAUCCAUAUUAAUAGACUUUUUAUUGUUCAUGCCAUUUUAAACUAAGAUUAAUUCUUAAUCUGAGUCUGUGGCAUGAGUCUGCUGCUUUUCUGCAGGAUUAUAAAACAAUAGCUGUUAUUUUAGUACUCCUGGAAAUGCAAAAUAACACUAUUUUUGAAAGGGCAAAAUAAAUCACAGAUGUGCUCUCCUACAAAGCCUAGUGUUCUGGAUGUUUCCACUUAGCUAGUGUAAAGGGAUUCUCUGAAGACACUGAAAAACGGAUCGAAUUGUUUUCAUUGUGUAUUCUUUGCACCUCUUUUGUCUACUCUGAUAUAUAAAAAGCUAUUAGCAACUUCUACUUAUAUAUCAUUUUUUUUUUUUUUUUUUUUUUUUUUUUUUUUUUCCAAACCAGCAGGCUGGUAUCUUUGUUCUUUCAGGAGGGAUUUUUUGAAAACUUGUUGAUGAAUAAUUAUAUAAUGUCUAACAUUGUGAUGGCAUGCAAAAAAUAUGAUUCUUAUUGUCUUUCUCUCUCUUAAAUGUUUUUUUAUAAUGUUAACGUUGUUUGUUUUUUUUUCACAGUUGACUGUAAUCCGUGAUCUUUCUAAUGCAGAGGAAUAGAUACAGUAUACUUGAUUUAAGGGACAAUAUAAUUUAAGUUAUAUGUACAUUUCAGUAAUCUGGAGCUUAACUUUUUUUUUUUAAGUGAAAUCCAAAAUUUUGAAAAAUGUUUUUUUUUUUUUUUUUAUUUAAAAUACAUUUUAAAUGUUUUGAAAUCAUUUGUAAUAUUUUAAAAGAAUAACCACACUGAGCAGCACAGACUUAAAAAUACUGAAACCUCAGAUGAUAUACAGUGUGUGUGUGUGUGUGUGUGUGUGUGUGUGUGUGUGUGUUCACUACAGCAGCACUUAAAUAAGAAGUAACUAAUGUCACACACUUUUUUCAGAAUGUUGAUCAUUGUUUGUCCUUUGCCUUUGUAAAGUUUGCAAGCGAUGCACUUAAGUCUUACAGAAAGAUUUCAGCAUCCAUAUUAAUUACAACAAAAAGAAAAAAUAAAUUCUGGAGAUUUCUUUCAAAAUGUAUAACAUAUAUAAAUUAAUUUACCACUAAAGUACUAUGGAAAUGAAUUUAUUUUUCUGAUAUUGUGACAGAUAUUUAUAUUUUAAGAUCACACAUAAGCAGUGUGAUAUUGCUCCAAAGUUUUGUUGGUCUCAUGUUUGGUUUAGUGCAUGGAGAGGAAAACUGUCUUUCGUUGGACCUAAACUUUAUUUCUACACCCAAAUGUGAAUGUUUCUUUAAAGUAACUGUCAGGUGACGUUAUCUAUAUAUGUUAUUUUGGGGAAAUAAAUAUAAUAUUUGUUUGAUCAUA